AUAUUUGAAAUGACAACCAUGUUCGCGCUUCUUUUUUAUCUUAAUUUUUUCUCGGGUCGCACAAGAAACAAACCCCGAUUCGUUGUCCCCGGCGGGAUUAGAAAUAGCGACACUGAUGCAUACCUUUCUGGGCCUUUCAAACUCUCCGACAAUGCGCGGAUUGUUCCGAGUCCGACCGGCUUUGGAUAACCAGAGAUUAUGUCAAAACAUUCUACUUUUUCUUGUGCCGCUUUCGUUGCGCGGUUCUGCAUUCUUCAAUCGCAAGUCGUAUGUAAACAAACGGGCGCAGCAACGUGUGCUUGAUUCGAAUCACUUCUCACUUGCCCAUCAACUGUGUCUGUACCAUGGGUGGGCACGUUUCGUGGGGCAAGGACAUGGUCACCGAGGCAAUACAUAGUAUGAUACCCAAUUAGCCUCCUACCUACUCCUGGUAAAUUAAGGUCCUUCAUUCCUUCACCGGAGAUUGAAAGCGUAUUUACCUGACUCUACACGCACAAGGGUAAAUUCGGACAUUUGAUAGACACCUAUCUCGCGACUUUCGGUUGGUUGAUUUGUUAUGAAGAGAUAUGAAUAAACCGGAGAAUGUAAAAGCACCGAAUGAUCUUUUGUUUCGGACAUGGUUGCUGUGGAAGACCCCGUAAAUAUUCAGAACAUG